UCGGGCCGGGCCCGCGCUGAGCGGGGCGGGCGGAGCGGCCGUGCCGGGCCCGGGAGCGGCGGAGCGGCGCUGGCGGCCCGCAGGUGAAAGUCUUCUUGAGCUGAUGCAUUCACUGUGUUUGGAAGCUGUACAGCCAUCAUCUUCUUAGCUGCUCUGCUUCCUGAUACUGAAGAGUCUAGGAAUUUUGUUAAUUUAGACUGUUCAAAAUGAAUGAACAUCCUAAAAAGAGGAAAAGGAAGACUCUGCAUCCUUCUCGUUACUCAGAUUCUUCAGGUGCAAGCAGAUACAUAGACAACAGUGGAAUUUUUUCUGACCACUGCUAUAGUGUCUGUUCCAUGAGACAGCCGGAUACAAACAGAGGCAGAUUCCACAGUCCUGUGCAGAGCCUGGACACAGAUGAUGAUGGCAGUCCAGUGCAUGCCGGGAGCUCUCACUGGAGUGGGGCACAUUCAAAURCUGGGAUGCACUGUACAGACCCCAAAAGGAAAGACAAAGGUAAAGAUAAAGGUACGAACAAUGGAAUGUGCAGAGACUUAUGUGACUCACCUAUAUUCAGUGACAGCCCCACAGAAGAAGAGAAACCCCUAGAUAUCCAAACUGUAGAGAUUUCUACAACAGAAGUGAAUGCUGUAGAAGUUCAUGAUAUAGAAACACARACUGUGUCACCUGAGAAGCUGGAAGCUGAGGACCUGGAGGAAAUCCCUCUGGAAACCUGUAAAAUGUUUGAGAAGAAUCAGGCUUUGAAUAUCACAGCUCAACAGAAAUGGCCCUUGCUGAGAGCCAACAGCAGUGGCUUGUACAAGUGUGAGCUCUGUGAGUUCAACAGCAAGUACUUCUCUGAUCUAAAGCAGCACAUGAUCCUGAAGCAUAAGACAUGUACAGACACUCAUGUCUGUAAAGUUUGUAAAGAAAGCUUCUCCAGCAAAGUGCAGCUCAUUGAACAUGUAAAACUACAUGAGGAGGAUCCGUAYAUCUGUAAAUACUGCGAUUACAAAACGGUGAUAUUUGAGAAUCUGAGUCAGCACAUAGCAGACACUCACUUCAAUGAUCACCUUUACUGGUGUGAGCAGUGUGAUGUGCAGUUCUCCUCCAGCAGUGAGCUGUACCUGCACUUYCAGGAGCACAGCUGUGAUGAGCAGUACCUGUGUCAGUUCUGUGAGCAUGAGACAAAYGAUCCCGAGGAUCUGCACAGCCACGUGGUGAACGAGCACGCSUGCCGGCUCAUCGAGCUGAGCGACAGCUACAACAACAAGGAGCGUGGCCAGUACAGCCUCAUCAACAAAAUCAGUUUUGACAAAUGCAAAAACUUCUUUGUGUGCCAGGUGUGCGGCUUUAGGAGCAGGCUGCAUACAAAUGUCAACAGGCAUGUAGCUAUUGAGCACACCAAAAUAUUCCCUCAUGUUUGUGAUGACUGUGGGAAGGGAUUUUCAGGUAUGUUGGAAUAUUGCAAGCACCURAGCUCUCAUUUAUCUGAAGGGAUUUAUUUGUGUCAAUACUGUGAAUAUUCAACGGGACAGAUUGAAGACCUUAAAACUCAUUUGGAUUUCAGGCAUUCAGCAGAUUUGCCUCAUAAAUGUACUGAUUGUUUAAUGAGGUUUGGGAAUGAAAAAGAUCUUUUAAGUCAUCUUCAGAUACAUGAGACAGUGUGAUUUGCUUUCUUUCCUUGUAAUCAAUUUGUCAGAAUUUGAGUUAAUUUCCAGUCACCGAAAUGUGAUAUUAAAUACAAUUUUAACAGCAAUUGUACAUUUCUAAUGUUUUYGUCUUUAUAUCARCAUGUAYAGCACUUGAUGUUGUGAAUUUCCYUGUCUAGGGGCUUCAGUAGGAAUAAUCACAUUUAGAGUGYAGUGGAUCAGAUUUCRSGGGGAGGGACAGUGGGAGUAAUUGCAUGUUGUGAUACAAGUUCUGAUGGUCWUCCUGCUCUCUCAUGUCUAGUGCACAGGACCAGCUCUGCUCAGUUUAAAAAGGCACAAAAACAAAGCACAUAGCUAGUUCCAUACUUUAAUAACCCAGUACUGGUCUCUGUUCCACAUCCAGCUUAUGUUACCCUGUGUGGCAGCUGGUCAUUGCGCUGGUGUUUAGCAGUAGCACUGGCCUGCCAAAGAGAAGGGUAUUCCAAAAAUUUCCAGGCAUGGGCAUCUCCAAAUUCAGCCCUCAUUUCCCACCUCGUGGUCCUGAUAAGCUUUUAAAAUUGUCCUGUUCUUCUCUUGUGGUACCUUCUGACCUCACUGUUCACUUUGUUCCAUUUUUGAGUCCAGUCUGUGGGACUGUCCAACACAUGUAUAACACACUCGCACACAUGUACUACACAACUCAUACAUGUUAUUCCUUUAUUUACCUUCAGUUGUCUUAAUGCACUGAGGAGACACACGUUGCUUGUGUUUAGAUUAGAUCAUGUUCUAAAGAGGGAUUGCAAAAGGAAUUUGCUGAGAAUGUGCAAAGUGAAUUUCUUACAUAAAAUCCUAAUUUAGCUCUCACUGAAAUUAUGCAUGUCACCAACCUCUGACUAGAGCAAACUUCUAGUAGCGCAUAUUAYUGUAGUUAUUCUGUAUAUUUAUAAUUAGCUUUCUUUCACUAGUAACUUGAGGAAUGUUAUUUUAACUCUGUAAAUUUUAAACUUUUAUAUACUGGCUUAAAACACUGGUACAGUACAAAAUCUUUACUAAUCACUCUCAAAUUAUUUAAUACAUUUGUUUAUUUUAUAUGUAACACUGUCCUGCCAUUAUAAUCAUUGGAACUGAAUUUUUACAGUUCAUUCUGUAGCUGUAUUUUUGAGUGGAUAUUUGGACAGAUAAAAACAAGAAUGUGGUCACGUAGAUUAUGCUACAUAUCAGGGUGGAAAUACCCAUAAAUUACUGGUGAAGUUUACAUUUCUUUCUUUGAUUGUAAAUUUUUAAUGUCAAAUUGUCUAAUGCAAGCUUURUACAGAGAGAAUUAAUGUAUCAAAGAGUUAUUGAUCAGUAAGAUUUGGUGUUAAUCAGCUUCAAGGUGUACAAGGGUCUUUGGAUUUGAUUUUUAAAGCUAAGGAUAAAACUUGGCUGAAUGUWAUCAAUCAAUGGAAGUUCUGAUUUCCAGAGAAGCAUUUCUGGAAAGUCUAUGAGCCAAUUAGUGUAUAUUUCGUUGUAGGAAGCAAGACCAUUUCUGUCACUUUGAGGUGCUGAUUUWCUACUAAGUCUUGUGUUUUAUCAUUGAAAAGGGCAACCUSAGGGUGUCCUGCUGUAUUUUAUCAGUCCCUUSUAUUGAGAAUGACAGUAUCUGUGGUAGAAUUGCUUAUUUCCUUUUAUAAACGUAUUAUUCUGGCUGACUUUAAAUGGUAGCAAUAAUAUAGUUAACAAAACACUAAGAAGAAUUAUUUUAUAUAUGGAAAGUUAUUUUGGUCGUAUAUCUGAAAGGGGGAUUGCUGGUUAUCUGAAAACUCUUCUCUGGCUGAUGGCACAGAGGUGAAUUGGCACAGCUGAGCUCUGGAGUUAAAGCUGCUCUGGGAAGAGACAAGAAGUGGAAAAAAGGCUUUUAGAAAACCCCAAAAAUAAAUAAGGGGACUUAAGAAGUGUGUAUAUUUGUGUAGACCAACAUUGUGUCCCCAGCAUUCCAAGCAGAAGCUAUGCAAAAUCAUGUGAUUGAUUUUGUAUUUGGGCAAAAUCUGUAUUUGAUUCUUUGCUUUUCAGAUUUUUGAACCCUUAGGUUCAAUGCGUGACUCAAUUUUAGGGGUGUUUUCCAGUCUUAACAAAUAAUGUGUUUCAGGUUCCUGGAUUAUGUUUCUUAUUGAGCAAAAGAACUUUUUCUAUGUGAGAGACUGUUGACUUCAAAACGAAUUUUACAUCCCACAAAAUUACUGCAAGAAUUUAUAAUGCAGCGGAUUAGUAAUCCUCAAAUAAUGCGUUCUAUAGAAUGUUGUCACCGAUUUUCAUUGUGGCUGUGAUGCUCCUGUAUCAAGUGCAUGAGGUGUCGGUGCUGUUUCGCUCCCGAGAGCUCGGUCACUGUCYCUUUUCCACACGGUGAUGAAAGGCGCUGCCAUGGCCUCAUCCCGGCUGAUGAUGGCGGCGCUUCCCGCCUCUCCCGGCUCCAUUUCGCGACCGCCCGCGCUCAAGAUGGCGGCGCCGCCCUC